AUGUCCUACCCCCCGCCUCCAGGUCACCAGCCUUCGUCGCUCCCUCCGCGACCACCUCAAUCCGCAAACACAAAUUCACAGCAUGGCGGGAACACCGCACGACCCAGCUUCAGCGCUGCGACAGCAUUUGCACCUCGUGCCGUAGCGUCCCAACAACCAUACCGCACCAGCAGUCCGGUCGUUUCGGCUCCGCCGACGACGCAAAGCGGCUAUUCAACCCCUGCCACACCCGGCUACGGCACCUACUACUCGCAGCCGGAACCGUCGUACCAAGCGGCGCCAUCAUAUUAUGGCUCAGCACAGUACAACAACACCCCUACCUACGGCCCGACCGUGCCUCAUAUCCAAAACCCUUUUGCGCCGUCCGGCAAUGACCAGUCAAACCGAGGCCGAGGUUCCGGCCUCGACCCCGAAACAGAAGCACAAAUUGCGCAAUGGCAAAGCGCCUACGCCAACCCCAAGGAUGAAAUGGCUGCGGCUAACAAGGCCCCAAUCCGUCGGGAGGGAGCUGGCACUCCCGGCUUAGCCCCAACCGUUUAUACCUCCUCUGGCAACACGCCAGCCUCCAACACACCCGCCCCCGUCGUCGGACCUGAGCCGCAAAAGACUGUUGCGCGGUCCGGCGGUGGCCAAUCCUGGAGUGACUCAACGCUUCUGGAAUGGGACCCCGCGCAUUUCCGACUGUUUGUCGGCAACCUUGCAGGCGAGGUUACCGAUGACUCGCUGCUGAAAGCGUUCGCGAAAUAUACAUCUGUCCAGAAGGCGCGUGUGAUCCGCGACAAACGCACGCAGAAGAGCAAGGGCUACGGAUUCGUGAGUUUCGCCGACGGCGACGACUAUUUCAAGGCCGCGAGGGAAAUGCAGGGCAAAUAUAUCGGGUCGCACCCCAUUCUUCUCCGCCGCGCGACCACCGAGGUCAAACCGGUGUCUACCAAGAACAAUAACAGGAAACAUGGUGGGAAGGGAGGCGGCUCGGGUGGUAACCAGGGCUCAAAAGUGAGGAACGACGGAGUGAAAAAGCCCGGCAAGACAAAGGGCGGAUUGAAGAUUCUGGGGUAG